AUGUGCAAGCAGGCCACGUGCCCGUCGGGAGGGACCCUCCCCAAACCCACCUGGGCUGAGCCAGGCUCUGUGAUCCCUUAUGGGAACCCUGUGACCCCCUGGGGUGAGGGGACCCUGGAGGCCCAGACGUUUGAUCUGUAUUAGGAAGGAAAGUGUGUGCUUUGGAACACACAGACUCAAAGGAAGUCCACAGCCAAGGGCAAGUUCUCUAUCACACACAUGACAGGGAAUGAUGCAGGGAGAUACUCCUGCUAUUAUAACAGCCCCGCUGGCUGGUCAAAGCGCAGUGACCCCCUGGAGCUGGUGGUGACAGGAGCCUACAGCAAACCCAGCCUCUCAGCCCUGCCCAGCCCUGUCGUGCCCUCAGGAGGGAAAGUGAAACUCCACUGUGGCUCAGGGCAGGGAUUUGACAGGUUCCGUCUGACUCAGGAAGGAGAUCACAAUCUCUCCUGGACCAGGGACUCAGAGCCACACCCCAGUGGGCGGUCCCAGGCCCUGUUCUCUGUGGGCCCAGUGACCCCCAUUCACAGGUGGAGGUUCAGAUGCUAUGGCUGUUCCAGGAAGAGACCCCAGGUGUGCUCACACCCCAGUGACCCCCUGGAGCUCCUGGCCCCAGGUGAGUCUGGGAAGCCCUCCCUCCUGAGCCAGCAGGGCCCCAUCGUGGCCUCUGGACAGAGCCUGACCCUCCAGUGCCGCUCUGAUGUCGGCUAUGACAGAUUCGCUCUGCACAAGGAGGGGGGACGGGACCUCCCCCAGAGCCUUGUCCUGCAGCCCCAGGCUGGGCUCUCUCAGGCCCUCUUCCCCCUGGGCACUGUGAGCAGCUCCCACGGGGGCCGGUACAGAUGCUACGGUGGAUACAACCUCUCCUCUGAGUGGUCGGCCCCCAGUGACCCCCUGGACAUCCUGGUGGCAGGAUGGCUGCAUGACAGACCCUCCCUCUCAGUGCAGCCAGGCCCCAGGGUGGCCUCAGGAGAGAACGUGACCCUGCUGUGUCAGUCACGGAGACCGAUGGCCACUUUUCUUCUGUCCAAGGAGGGGGCAGCCGAUUCCCCCUUGCAUCUGAGAUCAGACCACCGAGCUCAGCAGUACCAGGCAGAGUUCUCCAUGAGCCCUGUGACCUCAGCCCACGGGGGCACCUACAGGUGCUACAGCUCAAGCAGCACCUCCCCCUUCCUGCUGUCACUCCCCAGUGAGCUCCUGGAGCUGCUGGUCUCAGGACCCUGUGGGACCCCAGCCCCCCACCCACAGGGCCCAUGUCCACAGCUCAUGCGUCACUGA